UUAUUUCGUUCAUUUGUUUGUCAUGAAUUCACUCGUUUUUUGUUCUUUGCACUCAGCAAUUCAGUCGGCGUCCGGCUGUAUCGUCCCAUAACCUCAAAGUCUCAUUUACACAGCGGUUAAAUUUCACGAUUUUAUCCUUGUUUCAAUUACGUAUCAGGUGUUGCUUUAGUUUAACGUACUUGCGACAGGAAUAAUUUUCAUUUUGUAUCCUUACUUGCCUUUGUUUGUUUGUUUCUGACACGCAGGUUUCUGGCGUCAAUAAAAAAAAAGUUAAUAGACAAGUCGAGAUAAUGCAAUUUUAUUUUUAUAUUUAUUUCAACUGCUUUUGAGAAAGAUAAUUGAAUCAAAAUUCGUUGCAACAUUGUUGAGAAAAUCGUAAGUUUGAGAGGAACAUGGCACAGCGUGCAAAGAGAAAAAAAAAUUGUCCCCGUAGUAAUGAAUUUGUUUAUAUUUUUUUUAUUUGCCGACCCUUCUGAACACGCUGGUUAAACGACGCGAUCAUCGGGACAUUUAUUAAAAUGUUAAAUACGAAUACGGAAAUAUUGUGAAUGAAUUGGAAGUUGUUGGAGCAGCACUGAUUUAUCAAGGACGAGUUGAAUGAUUGCUGGGGAUAGUGACAACGUUCGUACAGAAGUGGAUAUUACUGUCUUGGAAGAGUAAAACUUGAGGGGAUUAGUUAAGGACUGGGAAAAUGUCGGAGCAACACAAUGAUCAGCAGUCGAGUGGGAGAGAUGAUGCACGUACCAAUCUCAUUAUCAAUUAUUUACCACAGAGCAUGACUGAAAAAGAAUUGUACAGUAUGUUUGUCACUAUUGGACCAGUUGAAUCGUGUCGAGUUAUGAAGGACUACAAAACUGGUUACAGUUAUGGAUUUGGGUUCGUCAAUUACGCAAAAGCGGAGGAUGCUCUGACAGCAAUAACCACGCUUAAUGGUCUGCAGGUUCAGAACAAACGAUUAAAAGUGUCAUUCGCAAGGCCAUCGGGCGAAGAGAUUAAAGAAACAAAUCUAUACGUGACUAAUCUUCCUCGAAACAUAACGGAGGGCCAGAUCGAGGAUAUCUUCAGCAAAUUCGGGCAGAUUGUGCAGAAGAACAUUCUUAAAGACAAGCUGACUGGGCUCCCCAGGGGCGUCGCCUUUGUCAGAUAUGACAAACGUGAGGAGGCGCAGGAGGCGAUAAAUCAUCUGCAUGGGACGAUACCUGAGGGAGGCUCUGAGCCACUCAGUGUCAAAAUUGCCGAGGAACAUGGAAAACAAAAGGCUGCUUACUACGCUGGCUGGCAGGCUGGCUACAAUCAGAGUCGCGGUCCUGGUACCCGUGGUCGUGGCAGCUCAGUAGCAUCAGCCACUGGUGCUAGUGCUACCAAUCGUACACCUGGAUUUGCUAGGGGUGGUCAUCACACUGGCAAUUAUAUUGGGAAUGGGGCUGGUGGUGGGCCUGGUGCUAUGAGAAUGGAAAAAAUACAUCCGCAUCGCUUCAAUCCCAUUGGCAUGGGAGGUGGCUAUGUGCAAUCACACUUCUGGUGACCGAUAAAUGUGCAAUCGAUUGUUCAUGGAUCACUGUGAAUAGCUACUAUGAAAAACGCUAUCGAUGAGGUAGACUGCGGCUUCUCUCCUGCCAGUAGAGAAGAAAAAAAAAACUUGUGGGCAAGACUCAAUGCGUUGGAUAUCUUACCUUGUUCUUUCAGUUGGUUAUAUGUUUCGUUUUUUUUUAUUGGGAAAACUCCGUCCGAGGAAAUUUUUUGUGGGGAAAUUAUUGACUGCUAUGAGCGAAUGAUCAAUUCGGUGAGUGCGUCGAACACUUUUUGUUUUUUCUUUUUUUUUUGUUUCUUGAUGGCAAUUCGAGUGAUUGAUUACGUCGUGGACAAUUAUGAAAAUUAAUAUUGAUGAUUUUAGUAGUGAUUUGUCACUAUGCCAGAGGUUAAUGACCAUUUGGAGAGUGAGUUUUUGAUUUUAGAAGAGAGAAUGUGGAUUGGGGAAAUGGUCGGAGGGCGAAUUCUUCAUUUGUUGUACAAUUCAUUUUAUACAUUAUCAUAUUUGGUUGCUACUUGGGUGAUGGCACCGAGUGCACUGAGUCAUUUAUUUUUGCGUUCUCGUUUUUUUAGAUAAAUGGAUGGUGUUUUAAGUGAAUGAACAGUUUUUUUUUUCUUCAUUGGAUCUCGAUGUUUGGGGAGAUUGAUUUUGAUGAUGAGGGGCGAUAAAUUUUGUUAGCUCAUCAAUUAUCAGCAAUGUGUAUAUUAUUUAUUAAAGUGAAUAUAAAUAGAACGGA